AGUAAAAAUACUACAAAAUGUCUGGUCGCGGCAAAACCGGCGGAAAAGCCCGUGCCAAGGCAAAGACCCGCUCCUCCCGCGCUGGUCUGCAGUUCCCCGUGGGUCGUGUCCACAGGCUGCUGCGCAAAGGUAACUACGCAGAGCGCGUGGGAGCCGGAGCUCCCGUGUACCUGGCUGCCGUGCUGGAGUAUCUGACGGCUGAGAUCCUGGAGCUGGCUGGAAACGCCGCCCGCGACAACAAGAAGACCAGGAUCAUCCCCCGUCACCUACAGCUGGCUGUCCGCAACGACGAGGAGCUCAACAAGCUGCUGGGGGGAGUCACCAUCGCUCAGGGCGGCGUGCUGCCCAACAUCCAGGCGGUGCUGCUGCCCAAGAAGACCGAGAAGCCCGCUAAGACCAAGUAGAUCCUACGAUCCACCAGCAACACAACGGCUCUUUUAAGAGCCACACACUUCUCUCAUUCAGACCACAAUCCUCUCAGAAACUUAUUGUCUAUUAGCCAAAUUGUCAAUAAAGAUGAAAAUCCUGAACGUGUAAAUGCGGACCAUUGUCAAUCAGACCUACAAUCCACUUGUGAGAUCUGUUGCUGCAAUCAAAACUCUUCAUCCUUAUGUGUCCAAGGAUGCAAAAAGCCAGAAUUAUUGGCACACAAUUUUAGUUUAUAUUAGGUCAGCUAGUUUCUAUCUUGUAAGGUAUGUAUGAAUCUGUGAAUUCUGGACCAUGGCUAAUUUGCAGCUUGGAACUCCUAAUGUCUCAUUUGGGUCCCCCCUCACUUGUUUUUGUUAUAUAGCCAUUUGUGUUAUCUUGUUUUAAAAAAAAGAAAGAUAAAA